ACGCGUGCUCCAUCGUCACUGUCAAAGCUCAAGCGCAGAUCUAACAGCACCGAAACCCUACACGCCUUUUCGGACGCAGAAACGUGCCAGCGUACAUCUAUUGCUUUUGCAAUAUCCAAAACCAACAACUCUGAGUUCACCUUAAAUAUGUCUACUAUCGUCUACUGUCAAACAGAUCAGGUUACAAUGCAUGAUCAACACAGAAAAGGUUUGAGUCUAUAGCCAACGGGACACCCGAGGACUUGAUUGCAGUCACUCUAAGCCUGAGAGUUUGAGUCAUCUCUGUCCCCCCACUGUUCCCGCUGGUCGCCUGGCAUUACUUUUGACACCCAAUUUGUAGUGAAGGAAGACCUGGACACUCCCAUUCCUGGCUCAACUUCACUUGCUUCUGAAAACCCAGUCGUACGUCAUUUAGUAUUAGGCUUAAUUUCGAAAACAAGCAAAAAUGAUUCCCAAUGGAUAUUUGGUCUUUGAGGAUGAAAGUUUCCUGGAUUCCACCGUGGCCAAGAUGAACGCCCUUAGAAAGAACGGACAGUUCUGUGACGUGAGACUUCAGGUAUGCGGCCAUGAGUUGAUGGCUCACCGGGCUGUGCUGGCCUGCUGCAGUCCAUACCUGUUUGAGAUCUUUAACAGUGACUUGGAGCCACAAGGCAUGUCCCAUGUAAAAUUUGAAGAUUUGGACCCUGAGGCUGUGGAGAUCCUUCUCAACUAUGCUUAUACUGCCCAGUUGAAGGCAGAUAAGGAGCUGGUUAAGGAGGUUUACUCUGCAGCUAAAAGACUCAAAAUGGAAAGAGUAAAGCAGAUCUGUGGCGACUACCUUCUUUCCAAAAUGGAUUGCCAGAGUGCUAUCUCCUAUCGUAAUUUUGCCAGCUCCAUGGAAGAUAUGCGUUUGCUGGGCAAGAUCGACAGCUAUAUCCAGGAGCAUCUUCUAGAGGUGUCUGAGCAAGAGGAUUUCCUCAAGCUCCCACGGCUUAAGUUGGAGGUGAUGCUGGAGGAUAACAUGUCCUUGCCCAGCAAUGGGAAGCUCUACUCCAAGGUGAUUGUCUGGGUUCAGCGCAACCUGUUGGAAAACGGAGAACCACUGGAGCGACUGAUGGAGGAGGUGCAAACGCUGUACUAUUCGGCCGGUCACAAGCUGCUCGAUGGGAGCCUGCUUGACGGGCAGGCUGAGGUGUUCGGCACUGAGGAUGACCACAUCCAGUUUGUGCAGAAGAAACUCCCACGUGAGAAUGUACCCCGACAGAUGAGCACCAGCUCCUCUUGCAGUCUCUCCCCUGGAUCUACCAAACAUUCCUACAAGCAAGAGUGGAAAUAUAUUGCUUCAGAGAAGACAACCAACAACACGUACCUGUGUCUGGCCGUGCUGAAUGGCGUGCUGUGCGUGAUCUUUCUGCAUGGGCGCAGCAGUCCCCAGGCCUCACCUUCUGCCACCCCUUGCUUAACCAAGAGCAUGAGCUUUGAGAGUAAGCCACUGGAGGAAGAGCAGGAAAAGCUGCUGGCACCCAUGCACUACGCUCGCUCCGGGCUGGGCACUGGUGCUCUGAACGGUCGACUCAUUGCUGCAGGUGGCUACAACCGUGAGGAGUGUCUGAGGACUGUGGAAUGUUACGACCUGAAGACUGACAGCUGGACUUUCAUUUCCCCGAUGAGGACUCCACGUGCUAGAUUUCAGAUGGCUGUGCUCAUGGGUCAACUUUACGUGAUGGGUGGUUCCAAUGGCCACUCUGACGAAUUGAGCUGUGGGGAGACCUACAACCCCAAUAAUGACGAGUGGACUAAAGUGCCAGAGCUAAGGACUAAUCGGUGCAAUGCAGGUGUCUGCUCUUUGAGUGACAAGCUGUAUGUUGUUGGAGGGUCAGAUCCAUGUGGACAGAAAGGUCUGAAGAACUGUGAUGUUUUUGAUCCUGCAAGCAAGGAAUGGACCAGCUGUGCCCCAUUAAACAUCAGGAGGCAUCAGGCCGCUGUGUGCGAGUUGGAUGGAUUCAUGUAUGUGAUUGGAGGAGCAGAGUCGUGGAACUGUCUUAAUAGUGUGGAGCGCUACAAUCCAGAAAACAACACUUGGACCCUUGUUGCCCCGAUGAACAUAGCCCGAAGAGGAGCUGGAGUGGCCGUCCAUGAAGGUAAACUUGUGGUGGUAGGAGGCUUUGAUGGUUCUCAUGCCCUGCGUUGUGUUGAAGUUUACGACCCUGCCCGAAACGAAUGGAGGAUGUUGAGUAGCAUGAAUUCACCACGCAGCAAUGCCGGUGCUGCCGUGCUUGACGACAUCAUCUACGCCAUUGGUGGCUUCGAUGGAAACAACUUCCUUAACUCAUUUGAGGCCUACAACCCUAAUACAGAUGAAUGGAGCCCCUGUGCCAAUGCCUUCACCAAUCCAUAAGAGCCAGGGGUGGGGGUCCAUGCGGGAGCGAGGGGGGACUUACUCAAACUAACAGGCUUAGUGAUGUAAUCGUGCUUUGUGAUGUCCUCUAUGUAUGCGGGUGGGUGGGGUUAUGAGAUGUGUGGGAAUGGGAGGGGUCUUAUUGAUGUCACAUGGAGUUGCUUUUUCUUACAGUGUUUGGGAGGUAUGGGGUGGGGGAGGUCGGUUGGGGGUUACUGAGUGCAACUUGAGGCUGUUGCAUAUUGGAUACUUAUUUUAUUUUUGUGUUGUAUAUAUUGUUUUGUUUGAUUUAGAUUUAGUCUUUUGUUUUUAUUAAGAAUGCCAACAUUUAUUGCACAUUAAGUGUAACUUUGUGGAAUUGAAUAGUUUGCAAAAUUUCAUUUUUGGGGGUUCUUAAAGCAUCUCUGAGAUGAAGACAGGAUUGAGUGGUUUAAGGAAGUGACUGGCUGAAUUGGUUUUUAUGCUUUAUAGUGAUUUUUAGCUCACUUUGAAGCUCCAUGCUUAUACAAAGCCUUAUUUUACAAGAUGUUCAAUUACAUGGCUUUCCUUUUGUCAUCCAGCCAUGAUGCUAAUAACUGUACCAAUCUUUAAAGAUGGCCUUUUUAUAUUUUUGAUACACUGCUAAGUUACCAAUAGAUGGAUUAGAUAGUAGACGCAGAACACCUGUAUAAACUUUAAUCUGUGCCAGUUAAGUUGCACUUAGUUUAGGAUAUGCAUACAGUCAACAAUGCUUCAGUGCUUCUGCUAAUUAAAUAAUUUUGUUACAGUUUUUGACAGAUUUACAAGUGAGAAAAUGCUUGUUUCUUGCUUGGUACUUUUUUAAGAUGUACUGUGUUUAGCUUUUGGACACGACAGUUUAUUUUCCUCCAAGAAUUGGUUUUCUCAUUAAACUAAUUUGGGGUAAAAGUCUGUAUCACAUUUGUUAUAAGCAGGUAUUUCCUUACUAAUAAACCAUUUCAACCUGUGAAAGUCAA